AUGCCCCAUUUAAACCUGGUUUGGAAGCAAGGGCUUAGUUCAAUCCUGGUUACAACUUUGUCUGUCUGUCUUGUGUUAGCUUUUGGGAACGCAAAGACCAUUCGUAACGACAACUCCAGCCGGUUUGGGAAAUACAUUGACAUCCAUUUCAACAAGCGAGGAGCCAUCGAGGGAGCUAAAAUUGAGCAGUACCUUUUGGAAAAAUCCCGCGUCUGUCGACAGGCUCAAGAUGAGAGAAAUUAUCACAUAUUUUACUGCAUGCUGAAAGGAAUGAGCUCGGAGCAGAAAAAAAUGCUGGGACUUAAAAAAGCCAUGGAUUAUAACUAUCUUUCCAUGGGCAACUGCAUUACUUGCGACGGUAGAGACGAUAGCAAAGAAUACUCCAACAUCCGGGCGGCCAUGAAAGUCCUGAUGUUCACCGACACGGAGAACUGGGAAAUCUGCAAACUUCUGGCCUCCAUCCUGCAUAUGGGGAACCUGCGAUACGAAGCCCGGAACUACGACAAUCUCGAUGCUUGUGAGGUUGUCCAUUCUGCGUCCUUGAUAACGGCUGCGUUGUUGCUGGAGGUUGAGCCUCUGGAUCUGAUGAACUGUCUCACUAGCCGGACGAUCAUAACCAGAGGAGAGACCGUUUCCACACCUCUCAGCAUGGAGCAGGCCAUAGAUGUCAGAGAUGCCUUCGUGAAGGGCAUUUACGGCAGGCUUUUCGUGUGGAUUGUGGACAAGAUCAAUGCGGCCAUUUACCGACCGCCUUCCCACGAGAACAAAAAUGUCCGGAGAUCCAUCGGAUUAUUGGAUAUCUUCGGAUUUGAGAACUUCACAGUAAACAGUUUCGAGCAGCUCUGCAUUAAUUUCGCCAACGAGAACCUGCAACAGUUCUUCGUCCGUCACGUCUUCAAACUAGAGCAGGAAGAAUACAACCUGGAAAACAUCAACUGGCAGCACAUAGAAUUCACGGACAAUCAAGACGCUCUGGAUAUGAUCGCCAUCAAACCGAUGAAUUUAAUCUCCCUCAUUGAUGAGGAAAGCAAAUUCCCCAAGGGAACGGAUGCCACCAUGCUUCACAAGCUGAAUUCUCAGCACAAGCUGAACAUCAAUUACAUCCCCCCGAAAAACAACCACGACACUCAUUUUGGCAUCAACCAUUUUGCCGGCGUUGUCUACUAUGAAACAAAAGGGUUUCUGGAGAAAAACAGAGACACUCUUCAUGGGGAUAUUAUCCAGUUGGUCCAUUCCUCAAGAAACAAAUUCAUCAAGCAGAUUUUCCAGGCUGACGUAGCCAUGUUUCUCUGUGGCUGUCCGUCUUCUACAUUUGCCCAGUCGCCAGCCUCCACUUUGAAGGGGGCAGAGACCAGGAAACGGUCCCCGACGCUCAGCAGCCAGUUCAAGCGCUCGCUGGAGCUCCUGAUGCGGACGCUGGGGGUCUGCCAGCCCUUCUUCGUCCGGUGCAUCAAGCCCAACGAGUACAAGAGGCCCAUGUUAUUUGACCGGGAACUCUGCGUCCGUCAACUGAGAUAUUCCGGGAUGAUGGAAACCAUCCGAAUCCGCAGGGCUGGCUAUCCGAUCCGAUACACCUUUGUGGAAUUUGUCGACAGAUAUCGAGUCCUCAUGCCGGGGGUGAAACCCGCCUAUAAGCAGGGAGAUCUGCAUGGAACAUGCCAGCGCAUCGCGGAAGCCGUGUUGGGCAAAGACGACGACUGGCAGAUCGGCAAGACAAAAAUCUUCCUAAAGGAUCACCAUGAUAUGCUGUUAGAAAUUGAACGGGACAAAGCCAUUACUGACAAGGUUAUCCUUAUUCAGAAAGUAGUUCGUGGAUUUAAAGACAGAUCUCAUUUCUUGAAAGUGAGGAAUGCAGCGCUCAUGAUCCAACGGAAUUGGAGAGGCCACAAUUGCCGACGAAAUUACGAGGCUAUGAGAAUCGGCUUCCUGAGGCUCCAAGCGCUCUACCGUUCCCGCAAACUCCACCGGCAGUACCACAUGGCUCGCCAGCGUAUCAUCGAAUUCCAGGCCAGGUGCCGGGGCUUCCUGGUGCGUCGCGCUUUCCGUCAUCGUCUUUGGGCGGUCUUCACCAUCCAGGCCUACGGACGAGGGAUGAUUGCCCGGCGGCUCUAUAAACGGCUGAAGGGGGAGUAUUACCGACGGCUGGAAGCAGAAAAAUUACGUCUGCUGGAAGAGGAACGGCUGAGGAAGGAAAUGAGUGCGAAGAAAGCCAAGGAGGAAGCAGAAAAGAAACAUCAAGUGCGCCUAGCCCAACUGGCUCGAGAAGACGCGGAAAGGGAGAUCAAAGAGAAAGAGGAAGCUCGUCGGAAGAAGGAACUUCUGCAGAAGAUGGAGAAGGCUCGGAAUGAACCUGUGAACGAUUCGGACAUGGUGGACAAAAUGUUUGGAUUCCUGGGAAUGACAGCGUCGUUCCCGGGACAGGAAGGACAGGCGCCCGACGGCUUUGCGGAUCUCGAAAGAGUUGGAAGAGUGCUGGAAGAAGAUGACUUAGAUAUGGCCCUCCCUCUGCCUGAGGAAGAAGAAGAGGACUUAUCUGAGUAUAAAUUUGCAAAAUUUGCUGCCACGUACUUCCAGGGCACAACCACGCACACGUAUGUACGCCGGCCUUUGAAACAACCUCUGUUGUACCACGAGGAUGAAGGAGAUCAACUGGCAGCCCUCGCGGUGUGGAUCACCAUUCUUCGCUUUAUGGGGGACCUCCCUGAGCCGAAAUAUCACACCGCGAUGAGCGACGGCAGUGAGAAUCCCGUCAUGACCAAAAUUUACGAGACGCUGGGGAAGAAGUCCUACAAGAAGGAACUCCAGGCCCUUCAAAGUGAAGGAGAAAGUGCUCAUCUAGAUAGCCAUAAGAAGAGCAGCGUACGGCAGAAAUUGGUCUCCUUAACCCUCAAGAAAAAAUCAAAGUUAACCGAAGAGGUGACUAAGCGCCUUCACGAUGGCGAGUCCACCGUCCAGGGGAACAGCAUGCUGGAGGACCGCCCGACGUCCAAUUUGGAGAAACUGCAUUUCAUUAUUGGGAACGGCAUCCUGAGGCCAACUUUAAGAGAUGAAAUCUACUGCCAAAUCUGCAAACAGCUGACCCAAAAUCCUUCCAAAAACAGCCACGCCAGAGGAUGGAUCCUGCUGUCUUUAUGCGUGGGCUGUUUUGCCCCCUCUGAGAAAUUUGUCAAGUAUUUAAGGAACUUCAUUAUCGGGGGUCCCCCCGGAUACAGCCCUUAUUGUGAAGAGAGGCUCAGAAGGACUUUUGUCAAUGGGACCAGGACGCAGCCCCCAAGCUGGCUGGAACUUCAGGCGACCAAAUCCAAGAAGCCGAUUAUGCUCCCGGUCACAUUUAUGGAUGGCACCACCAAGACCUUGUUAACCGACUCGGCCACUACGGCCAAGGAGCUUUGCAGCUCGUUGGCCGACAAGAUAAGCCUGAGGGACCAUUUUGGCUUCUCCCUUUACAUCGCGCUCUUUGACAAGGUCUCUUCCCUCGGAAGCGGCAGUGACCACGUCAUGGAUGCCAUCUCGCAGUGCGAGCAGUUUGCCAAGGAGCAGGGUGCCCAGGAACGCAAUGCCCCUUGGCGACUCUUCUUCAGAAAGGAAAUCUUCACCCCCUGGCACAAUCCCACCGACGACUACGUCGCUACCAAUCUCAUUUACCAGCAGAUCGUCCGAGGGGUGAAGUUUGGGGAAUACCGAUGUGAUAAGGAGGAGGACAUGGCCGAAUUAGCUUCCCAGCAAUACUACGUGGACUAUGGAUCCGAAAUGGUCUUGGAGCGUCUCCUGAACCUGGUUCCCUCCUACAUUCCCGACCGAGAGAUCACGCCUUCCAAAACGGUUGAGAAGUGGGCUCAGUUUAUCAUCGCUGCCCAUAAAAAGGGAAUUUAUACUCAGAAGAGGAUGGACCCUAAAAGAGUUAAGGAAGAAGUGGUGGACUUCGCUCGUUUUAAGUGGCCUUUGCUGUUCUCCAGGUUCUACGAAGCAUUUAAGUUUUCAGGUCCCAGCCUUCCACAAAACGAAUUGAUUGUAGCGGUGAACUGGACCGGGGUGUAUUUCGUAGAUGAACAAGAACAGGUCCUUCUGGAAUUUUCCUUCCCGGAGAUAACAGCUGUCUCCAGCAAUAGCGGAGGGAAACUCCAAGGGCAGAGUUUCACCUUGGCAACCAUCAAAGGCGACGAGUACACCUUCACCUCCAACAAUGCGGAGGACAUCCGUGACCUGGUGGUCACCUUCCUGGAAGGGCUGAGGAAAAGAUCGAAAUACGUGGUCACACUGCAAGACAACCCAAAUCCAGCUGGCGACGAUUCCGGUUUUCUCAGUUUCCUCAAAGGAGAUUUGUUGAUUCUGGACCAGGAUACGGGAGAAAACGUGAUGAAUUCUGGCUGGGCCAACGGAGUCAAUGAACGGACCAAGCAGAAGGGAGACUUCCCAACUGAUUCGGUCUACGUCCUGCCCACUAUGACCACGCCUCCUCCGGACAUCGUGGCUUUGGUUACCAUGACUCCAAAUCAGAGGCAAGAAGUUGUAAGGACAUCCCAGCUGGUGAUGAGUGACAGCGAAGAAAGGAUCAAGCCAUACACCCUGGAAGAAUUCUCUUACGAUUAUUUUAGGCCUCCUCCCAAACACACUCUGAGCAGAGUGAUGAUCACCAAAAACCGAGGAAAAGACAAGUUGUGGUCCUACACCAGGGAGCCGAUCAAACAGCCCUUGCUGAAGAAGAUCCUGAGCAGUGAGGAGCUAUCUCAAGAAGCUUGCAUGGCUUUUAUUGCCAUCCUGAAGUACAUGGGCGAUUACCCCUCCAAAAGGACCCGCUCAGUGAAUGAGCUAACAGACCAAAUCUUUGAAGGGGCCUUGAAGGCCGAAGUUCUCCGAGACGAGAUUUACUCGCAGAUCCUGAAGCAGCUGACGGACAACCACGUGAAGUACAGCGAAGAAAAAGGCUGGGAACUGCUCUGGCUGUGCACGGGUCUCUUUGCGCCUAGUAACGUCCUGCUACUCCAUGCCCAGAGAUUCGUCCAGUCACGGAAGCAUCACCCGCUCGCCAACGACUGCCUACAGAGGCUACAGAAAGCUCUGAGGAACGGGUCCCGAAAAUAUCCUCCCCAUCUGGUGGAAGUGGAGGCCAUUCAGCAUAAAACGACGCAGAUUUUCCAUAAAGUCUAUUUCCCGGAUGACACCGAUGAGGCAUUUGAAGUGGAAUCUGGCACCAAAGCCAAGGAUUUCUGUCAAAGCAUCUCCAAACGGCUGCUCUUAAAAUCAUCGGAGGGAUUCAGCCUUUUUAUCAAGAUUUCGGACAAGGUCAUCAGUGUCCCGGAAGGAGAUUUCUUCUUUGACUUCGUCAGGCAUCUGACCGACUGGAUCAAGAAAGUGAGACCAGCAAAAGAUGGGCUUGUGCCUUCUCUCACCUACCAAGUGUUUUUCAUGAAAAAGCUUUGGACUAACACCACGCCUGGGAAAGAUUCCAUGGCGGACUCCAUUUUCCAUUAUUAUCAGGAGUUACCAAAAUAUCUUCGGGGCUACCAUAAAUGCAGCCGGGAAGAAGUCCUACAGCUUGGAGCCCUGAUCUAUAGGGUGAAAUUUGAAGAUGAUAAAUCCUGUUUUCCGAAUAUCACGAAACUUCUCAAGGACUUGGUACCCGAACCUCUUAUUCGACAGCUGUCACCGGACGACUGGAAGAGGUCCAUCGUGGCCUAUUUCAACAAACACGCAGGCAAAACGAGGGAAGAGGCGAAGCUGGCUUUCCUCAAGAUUAUAUUCCGGUGGCCUACGUUUGGAUCGGCUUUCUUCGAAGUGAAGCAAACCACUGACCCAAAUUAUCCAGAACUGCUCCUGGUUGCCAUCAACAAACACGGCAUCAGCCUCAUUGACCGUAAAAGCAAGGACAUCCUCAUCACCCAUCCCUUCACGAAGAUCUCCAACUGGAGCAGCGGCAACACCUAUUUCCACAUCACCAUCGGCAAUUUGGUGCGAGGGAGCAAGUUGCUGUGCGAGACGUCACUGGGCUACAAGAUGGACGACCUGCUGACCUCUUACAUCAGCCAGAUGCUGACCGCCAUGAGUAAGCAGAGGGGCGCGAAAGGGAGCAAGUGAAUUGAGACUACCCGCUGGCCGCCCCUCCGCCAGCUGCGGGCCGUGGGCUACCCUUGCAGCUGGGGCAAAACGUUUGCAACUCACAUGUGGAAAAUGAGCUGGACGCCUCCCGAAAACCUGUCGGAUUCUGAGGACUCCGAGCAAACGUCCACUUCGAGCGAGGAUGAUUACUUGUGAGGGGAAAAAAUAAACAUAAAACCAACCACCACUUUUCUUUCUUUCCCACCAGCACUGAUUAUUAUUAUUUUCCCUCACAACUUCUGGGAUAUUCACCUCUGCUUCUGUUUCGGAUGUAAUACCAGAUUGAAAAAAAGAAAAAAAAAAUCUGCUUUUUUUAGGGCAUACGGAGAGGUUAGGAUUUUUUUUAAAUUUUUUUUUUGCAAACGGGCUUCGAGAAAGCUGUUGAAGGAACCAGAACUCUGCUAGAAAUGGGAUAAUAAUUCCAUUUAAAAAAAAAAAAUCUUCUGGGGUUGAUUUAUUUGUUUGUUUCCUGAGGGAAGAAAUCAAGUAAUCUUUUAAAGAGUGGUGUGUUUUGUUUUUUUUAAAGAAAGCAUCGGAAAGACAGAAAAAAGGAUGUUUUGCAACAAAAAAACAAAAAAAAAAAGAAAAAGAAAAAGAAAACAGCAGUUGGACAAAUGGAGAGAUGAGGCUUUCAAUGUGCAAUAACUGAACUGAGGAUUUGAUUGGAGUCUCCUGCUUAAACGGGGUUGGACUAGAAGACCUCCAAGGUCCCUUCCAACUCUUAUUAUUCUGUUUUUUUCUCUGUCUUAUUUAUCCCGGCAAGGGGACUUUUCAAAGUUGAUCUAAACUGAGACCACUUUGAGUCAAAUUUCUGAUAGAUCUGCCUCCUUUUUUUUUGUGAAGAAAUUAAGUUUAAAAAAGAAAUAUACCUUGUUUCUAAGGGGAGGAGAGAGUGAAGGAAUUUUUUUUGGACACUGCCUCGGGAAACUUGAAUUGAGGAAUGACGCUGAAAACACGUUAAAUAUAUAUAUAUUUGUUCAUUCCAGGUUCAGUCUAGGAUUGAGCUGACAAAUUAUUCCAGGCUGAACAUUAAAAUCAGAAUACCGUUUACUCCUUCACAUUGUUCCUCUCUCGUGACCCAAUGAAAUAUCCCUGGAGGAGGAAAACGCUACUGAAUUCUUUCCAUUUUGAACGUGCAAUAAAGAAAGAAAGAAAUUUG